AUGGAGAUCACCGUGCACUCGUCCAAGCCCGUGAAGCCUGACUACGUCGGAGGCAAUAGUGCCUCGGCCGCCGUCGUCCCGCUCAGCGUGUUUGACAAGGUGAACUACGAUGAAUACAUCUUCUACGUAUACGCCUUCCACCCGCCGGCACCGCCCGACGCCGUCCUGGAGGCGGCGCUCGCCAAGACGCUGCCCGAGUACCGCGAGUGGGCAGGGCGGCUCGGCGUGGACGCCAGCGGCAACCCUGCGAUCAUGCUCAACGACGCUGGCACACGGUUCGUCGAGGCGACGGCCGACGCCGAGUUCGGCGGCAGCACCGUCAUGCUGCUUACGACGGGGCGCAUGGUGCUGAGCCUGUACCCGAGCUGCGACGGCGUCGAGGAGUUGCUGGUGGUCCAGGCCACGCGGUUCCAGUGCGGCUCCCUCGUCCUCGGCUUCACCCUGCGUCACAAGGUGGCCGACGGCCCUGCCAUGUGGAACUUCAUGGUCGCCUGGGGGGCCAGGCCACUCGCGGCGUCGCCAUCGACCCUGUCCCAGUGCACGACCGGAGGUCGCUCUUUGCACGACGAAUUGCCGCCGCCGCCGCUGCAGAUCAAGUUCGAGCACCGUGGCGCCGAUUUCAAACCUCGCGGCGAGAGGUCGGGAAGCGACGGUGGUGUCGUCGUCCGUGCCGACUACGACGAGGUGGUGGUACACAGGGUGCACUUCGGCCGGGAGUGGAUCACGGAGCUGAAGUCGCGUGCGUCGCACGGCGGCGCUCCGCGGUCGUAUACCACGCUGCAGUGCGUGGCGGCGCACCUCUGGCGGUGCGUCACGGCGGCGCGUGGGCUCGACGGGCGCCAGGCCACCAGGAUCCGCAUCGCCGUGAACGGGCGAGCCCGGAUGGUCCGGCCAAGGGUGCCGGAGGGAUACACCGGCAGCGUCGUGCUCUGGGCGUGGCCGGCGACCACCGCUCGAGAGCUGCUGGGCCGGCCUCUACGGUACGCCGUGGAGCUCAUCGCCCGGGAAGUUGCCCGGAUCGACGACGCCUACAGCAGGUCGUUCGUCGACUUCGCGAGCUCCGGGGCCGUGGAGGAGGAGCAGCUGGUGCCGACGGCCGACGCGGCAGAGGUCCCGCUGUGCACGAACAUGGACGUCGACUGCCUGCUAGCGAUCCCGUUCCACAAGCUGGACUUCGGCUGUGGCCCGCCGUUCUUCUUCAGGCCCGGCUACGGUCACGCGCCGGUGGACGGCGCCAUCUACAUCCUGAGGUCGUUCCGGGGAGAUGGGAGUGUUGACGCUUACGUGCCUCUGUUUAGCCGCCACAUGGACGCCUUCAUGAGGUGCUGCUACUCCUUUCCGACGACGCCGACCAUGGCCGGCGCACGGCUUUAA